UUAAAAGACAUAAAACUAUUACUAAACGGCAUAAUUAUUUAUAGACCUCUGCUACCUCCGGAUGAAGACUUGGAAUAUUAUGAAGAUCAGAAUCAAGACGCCCUAACUCAAACUAGUGGGAUUAUUACCACAUCGGAAUCUGGCGGGAUGUCCGGUCUAAGUGUCGUCUUCAAUGUGGAGCCCGGAGACUAUCCGAGCUGGUCACCUAUUCCUUAUUACGGAGUCAAGGUCCUCAUCAGUGACCCCAACGAUUAUCCGGAAACAACAGUGCUCUACCGUUUCAUAACCUUAGGGGAAUCAGUGGCCAUCAAAGUUGACCCGAUGGUUUUCCAGAGUGAGUCUAACAUUCGCAGAGUGGUCCCCGACAAAAGGGCUUGCUGGUUUCACGAUGAAGUGAUCUUAGGGCACACUGACAGAUAUAGUUUCGAAACUUGUCACACCGAAUGCAAGAUGAAGACUUACUUGGAUACUUGUGGAUGUAUCCCCUUUAAGUACCCAAGAGAAAAGUCAACAAGAAUAUGUGAAUUUGAAGAUUUAAAUUGCCUCAACAAUGUCACAGUUUAUAAGUCACGCGAGAACAUGGAUUGCAAGCCGAUGUGUUACAUGGAAUGUCAGGAUAAAAAAUAUAGCAUCACAAGCGAUCUCCUGCCCUUCCUCCCCGAAGAUUAUCCUAAUAAUGUUUCUCGAGGGCGCAACGCGAGCGAGCUGGCGGCUCUUCAGGUCUAUUUCAGCAAAUCGAACUGUAAUUGCUACAAGAUGUCUCUACUUAUUGAUGUCAAUUAUUUUAUAGCUACGUACGGGGGUGUAUUCUCUCUAAGCUUCGGGGGCUCCGUGGUGACGAUAUCAGAAGUAAUUUAUUUGUUUGUGUCGAUUAUCAUUGUUUGUUCCGCAAGGAAAUUGUAUCCAGUAGCUGAAAGCGAAAUUGAAAAUAAAUGGUAAUAAAUGGAAUAUUCUGGA